AUGGAAGACGAAGCAUCCUCCACCUUCAUUUCCUUCACUAAGUCCCCUCUCCUCAUAGAUGAAGUUUCAGAUUCUAAUUUCUCAGAUUAUGCCAUACCUGAUGCCAAGCGGAUGAGAUUAGACCAUGAUCUUAAUGAUGUAGCCACCGUCGAGAAAUUUAAAGGCGUCGUGCCGCAACAGAAUGGCCGUUGGGGAGCGCAGAUCUAUGCGAACCACCAGAGGAUCUGGCUCGGUACCUUCAAAUCGGAGAAAGACGCUGCCAUGGCUUAUGAUAGUGCCGCUAUCAAGCUUCGCACCAGAGACUCUCACCGGAAUUUCCCAUGGACUCGCCUAUCAAUCGAGGAGCCGAAAUUUCAAAGCAAAUUCUCCAUUGACGCCGUUCUCAGCAUGAUCAAAGACGGAUCGUAUUCCUCGAAAUUUUCCGCCUACUUACGAACGAAGUCUCAAAUUUGCGACUCGAAUAUACAGAACCUCCAAACUAGUGAAAAUGGCGACCGCGAUGGCCAUUUCUCUUGCAGCCAUCUAUUCCAGAAGGAAUUAACACCGAGCGACGUCGGAAAGCUCAAUCGACUCGUAAUCCCGAAAAAAUACGCAGUGAAACAUUUUCCGUACAUUAGCGAGAGCGCAGAGGAGAAUAGCGACGAUAUCGAAAUCGUCUUCUACGAUACAUCAAUGAAGACAUGGAAGUUCCGAUACUGUUACUGGAGGAGCAGCCAAAGCUUCGUCUUCACCAGAGGCUGGAAUCGAUUCGUGAAAGAGAAAAAGCUGAAGGCGAAUGACAUCAUCACGUUUUACACAUACGAAAGCUGCGAAAGAGACAAAAAUGGCGGAACAUUGAUUUUCAUUGACGUAAUCUACAAGAAACCGGAAGAUGACCAGAGCGAGAGUAGUUGCUUAGCGGCGGAGAGAGAGAGUAUUAAGCACGAACAAUUGCAGAGAGAAUUAGGGCUUGAUCGGGAGGACUGUGAGGGGAAGAAGAAGAAGAAGGAGGAAGAGGAGGAGAUUUUAAAGCGUGAAAAAUUAAACCCUAGUAGCCAAAAUGUUGGGCAAAAGCGAAUUAGGUUAUUUGGAGUGCAUAUUGAUUAAAUGGAAUUAGGGUUCAAAUUAGGGUUUUAAAGAUUUGAAUCAAUCUCGGUUCAAUUUUCUUUUUGGGUAUCUAAUUUCAAAAGGGUCGAGAAGG